AUGAAUAAGAUCAUUCCUAAGGGAUCCUUCAUUCCAACCAAAAAGUCUCAAGUGUUCACCACUUAUGUUGACAACCAAACUACAGUCACCAUCACUGUUUUCGAAGGAGAAAGACCUUUGGUUAAGGACAAUCACAAGUUGGGUCAAUUCGAUUUAACUGAUAUUCCAAAGAUGCCCAAGGGAUAACCUUAAAUCGAAGUCACUUUCGAAAUUGAUGAGGAUGGUAUCUUAUCUGUGUCUGCCUCUGAAUAAUCAACUGGAAAGAAGAACCAAAUCUAAAUCACUGCCGAUAACAAAUUGACUAAGGAGGAAAUCGACAGAAUGAUCAAGGAAGCUGAACAAUUCGCUGAAGAAGAUAAGAUUGCCAAGGAGAAGAUUGAUGCCAAGAACAGUUUGGAUUCCUACAUCUAUUCCAUCAAAAACUAAAUCGAAGAUGAGAAAAAGUUAGCCAAACACUUGACUGAAGAAUAAGAGCAAACCUUGAAGGAUGCUGUCCAAAAGAGUGAAGAUUGGAUCAAGAAGGAUGAAGCCAAUUACGACAAAGAAGAUUUCGAAGGAGAAUUGAGAGAUCUAUAAGAGGUUUGUGAUCCAAUCGUUCAAGAAGCCUAAUAGAAGAAAGAUGAAAAUAAGGAAAAUGAAGAAGACGCUGAUGAUACAAAAGCUGAUUUAUGAUUUAAUGUGUGCAAUAUUUUAUUUU